UGAGCCAGUGUUUUCUGAGAACUAUUUGUUAUGUAUUGGUUGUGCCUUGUCUAAAUUAUUUUUCUUUUGUGACUUCCAAUUUUGAAAAGUAGAUAAGAUGCCAUUUCAUUUCUUCCAUUUUCAAUUUUUUACCUUCCUUGUAUUCCCUUUUUACCUACAUGUCGUUUCCAAGCCACACUCACAUUAGGCUAAGCAAAUGCAGUUAUGAUUGACAUUCAUCAAUAUAAAAUCAUUUAUUCAAAUUAGACUAAUCAGUUCACCUACUUAAAAAACAAUGGACAGCUACAAAAUUCACCCAUCACACUUGUUUCUACAUAAUAGUCAGUUCACAGUUAGAUUAUAGAUAUAAAUGUUUUGUUUUUCGGGAAAUUUAAAAUGGGGUCGCUCGACCAGAUUGUCGCUGCAAACGAGUGACGAUCGACUCCAUGAAGCAGCGACUUUUCGGGUAGCGGGAAAUUUAAAAAUGGGAUCACGUGAUCAGGUUUGUCGCUUUAAACGAGCGAUUGCGUGCGGUUACGCCUUAUGCCUUAAAUGAGUCAUGCAUUAGUUAUAGUGUGAAUAUACUGGAUAUGUCUGUCUACAUAGAACUAUUUUUUUAUAAUUUACUUUAGUGGAGUGCUGAAUACCUCUGAGUCCAAGCCUCAGCACAAUCGGAGCUGUCAGUUCGCAAAGCCUCGACGCAGAUGUCAAAACAAAACCAAUGUCAUGAAUUGUCAUGAUUGGUUUUCAGGCAAACCGAGUGUGUUUAUUAAAAGGCAUCAACGAAUUUAGGUUUACUAUUACCAAAUCAUAUUUUCUAAGUAUUUAAUAAAUCAAGCUAUGAAAAUAUGGAUAAAAUCGAAGAUAAAAAAGUAACGAAAGGAAUCAAUCCUAACAAAGAUUGUAAUACGCCAAAGAUUAAAGGAAAAAAUCGCGGGAAGAAGCGCAAACGAAGCGAAUCAAGCAACAGUAGUAGUGAAUACGAGGAUGUUCUACCGGAUAAUACGUUGGAGAUGGAGAAGAACCUGCAUGUGUCCGCCAUGAAGAAUAACUUGGAUGACAUCAGUGUUAGGAAAAUACUAAAGAAAGUUGUAACAAAUGACCAUGUGCUGGCACUUGUCAAGCUUCGUGAAGAGGAAGAAGCGGUGAAUGGCCCCAAAGUUGCCAGUAUGCGACCAAAACUCACACGGGCCAAAAUGAAGGAGUUGCAGAAGGUGUCUCCAAACACAACAUUGGGUAUAUCUGAUCUGACACCCAUCAAACACAUUCCUGUGAAGACUAGACCUGAAGUGAAGGCUCUCAUAGCCCAGGAGUUGCCGGAAGACGAGGAUGAUGAAGAGUAUGAGCCAACCAAUGAAGAUGUUCCGAGCGAUGAUGACCAAGGACUCGAGUCCUGCAGUGACUUGGACUCUCAGCCGCGAACGCCAGCGACACCGCACAGUGUCGUAGCGUCAAGCCCUAAGGUUGUUACAGAUGGACCCUUUAAAGUACCACAGGAAAUAUCCACACCAAUCCGUCGAAAAUUGAACAUGGAAGAGGAAGCAACCAUAGCUCUCCGUACUCGUUCCAAGUUGAGCCUUUCUUCUACGUCCAUAGAACAUAUUGAGAGCACGUUCGUACCACCUGAUGAUAUCCCGACGCCGGCAGUCGAUGAUCUGUGGAACCAGUUCUUGAACGAGUGCCUGAACCCCGCCUCUACGUCUAAGGAGGGUAGAAAUGAGGAUGAUGAUGAAACUGAUCCAGAGUAUAAUGUAGCUGCUGACGCGGACGCACAUGACGAAGAUGAAGAAGCGUUAAGCCACAGUAUAAUAAAGAUAUCGAAGAAGGAACUGAACGACCUGGUGACGGAGCUGUUCAGCAUCAUGCCCGAGGCCACGGAGGAGGAGCUCCUGGCCGACAACAUCGCCAACAGCGUCCUCACUGACCACAGCCAGACUGACCUGUCCAGGCGUUGGGAAGGUAAACAGGAGCCAGUUUCAGAUGAUGAAAGCGGCAACAGACAAAACCUCUCCGACAGAAUAACUUUCGAAGAAGAGAGAAAGAAGAUGCAUCCGAGAGUCUCUAUUGGGAAGAGUGAUCCAGUGGACUCUGAGGAAGAGACCAGGGCUAAGCCUCCGCCAAAGAAAAAACCAAAUAAAAUAAGGAGUAAACCAGAAAUAGGCAAAACGAAAACGUCAGUAUUGGAGCAUAGUGUAACUGUUAAUGAGCAGAGGGCGCCACCGUUGCUACAACAUCGGCUGAAGCAAGUGUCUAGAAACGAGUGUGUUCUUAUCGAAGUCGCACAAGGCGUUCAGCUGCUCCCCGCGCAGCGGCAGGUCCUGCAGCAGCAGCUGCGGCAGCACGUGCAGCUGUGCGCCGGCAACUACCUGCAGCUGUACGUGCACCCGCUGCACUGGAAGCUCGCGCAUCACUACAAGGACUACCUCGAGACGUUAAAGAACUUGUCCGCAAACAAUCCCGCGUCCGUGGUGAACGUGUGCAACCUGCAGCCAGCCCUCGACCUGGUCAACUCCUGGGAGAAGGCUGUCUCCGCUGAUACCCCGGAGAACACUGCGAUGCUUGAGUUCAUUCAAAAUCAAUUGGAAAGAACCACUCGUCGCGUGAGCCACAAGGCGCUGUACGUGGGCGACUUCCACGAGACGUUCCUGAAGACGGUGUCGACCAGCAACGUGUUCCUGUACCCCUACCUGCUGCCCGCCAUGCCCUACCGCGGGGAUACCACACGGCGGCUGUUCUACCUCAACUCGGAGGAUGAGCUCAUAGCUCUGGGUCUAGACCAGUUCAGCGCGUACGUGUCGAACAACCCGUCACUAUUCAAGCCUCACCCGCGGCCGCACCCGCGACACCGCUGGGGGCUGCGCGUCACGCUGGAGCUGGUCGUCAAGUACAUGUUCCCCUGGAUGUCCGCCAAGAGCCUGCACAGCCACAUACAGACUGUCAGGAAGCUGCGAUGUAUCGAUAAUCCUAUAUACAAAUACUUGGAGACGGGUGAAUUGAACCCAGUACAUCACAAGCUGCUGCCGUUCAACCCUCAGCUGAGCCUGUACGAGCAGCCCGAGCACGAGCUGCCGAGGAUAUGGCUGCGGUACCUCGCCAAAACCAGCAAGCGCUUCCGAAAUUACUUAAUGAAGCGAACGAAAACGACAGGCGUGGCUCCUAAUGGCGUAGAAAUAUCUUCAAGUCCAGUAGUCGUACAAAAGGCGGCACUACCCAUCGACUUCACCAAACCCAUACCAAGCUUCAAACCAGUCAACUCUACCCCAAAACCACAGAACACGACACAACAAAUAAAUUUCGAAGUGGUAAUCUCAAGUGCCUCAGUCACCACCCUACCUAACCAGUACAAACUUGUGGAAACAUCUACGGGAGCUUAUCUUCUUCCCAUAACUCCGGUUACGAUAACAGUCGACUCAAAUACAAGCCCGAUACCGACCCCAGUCGUCGUAACACCGGUGAAAACCCCGAAUCUACCAGAAACCACCAAAACAGUACAAAAUCCUGACCACUGUACAUGCUGUGUGUUGCUAAGGAAGAUUUGUAAACAGCGUCAAACUGUCAUUACUGAAUACUUUGGUAGCAAGAAGGCUGAGCGAUGUGAGUGUAAGGAGAAAAGGUACCCUAGAGUAUCGAAUAAGCUAAGGCUGUUCAUUAAUUGUUAUAAGGAUAGUUAUCAGUCGGCGCUGGAAGAUAUACAGAUGAAAAUCAAUAAAGUUGAAGAUAAGAGGGAUACAAGACUGAAGGAAAUCAAUUGUGAUAAUAAUAUAGAUGAUUUAGCAUACAUAACCUCAUUUAAUCUAAAACUCAUUUCAAGACUGACUAUAGCUAAAGACGUUAAUUUAAAAAGGAGAGUGAAUACUGUUCUACACAGGUUCAACACACUAGAGCAUGAUCCUUUACAACUGGCUUCGAGCUUAGACAAAGUCUUUGGUGUUGAACUGGCCGACUUGUAUAAGGAGUUCAUAUCUCUGCUCACACCGCAGCAAGCGGCCCAGAUGGGCGCCUUCAAGGAUUAUUUUGUAAGAAACUGUGUACCUGGUUUAGUGAAGAGAGUCGAAGUAGAGGUGUUAGAUGGGAACAAAAAGCGGAAUAUUCUAGAAGUACUACAGAGGGUGUUUACUAAGAACCUGUCUACAGCUUGCGAGAUCUGCACGGAUAUCUUGAAGACUCUCGUGGACUAUCCCGGGCUGGCUCGCUACGUGCACUCAUUAUUCCCGCACAGGAAAGAGGCCAGUUCAGAACAGAAGCACUCGACGUCGGAGGAACAGACAACAUCAGAUGAAGGACAACAGACUGAAACAUUAAACAAUGCUCCUUGUGAAGAACCCACUGUAGGUGACACCAUCGCAGAUUAUGAAGGCGACCAGUCCAUGAGUGACGAUGAUGACAGCGGGAAUAUUUCGCAACCAGAAAGCAACUUUCCCAUUAAAACUGAAAACGCAUUGGAAAGUGUAUCAACUCAACAAGCGUCCAACAACUUAGGUCAAAUCAUAGUAAGUAAAACUGAAAUCGAAGACCACAGCGAAUCAUCAGACUCAUCAAUGAGAAUAGUUUUCGACGAUGAAAUAGUCAAAUCUGAAAACCCCGAGUGGAAAAGAGACGAAGAUAAAUUAAUCCUCGAAGUGUUAAAAGAACAACUCACACCAGAGGAACGUGAAGACAAAACUAUCUUAGAAAUAAUAGAGGAAAAGAAUAUUAUACUUAUGAUCUCGGAAUCUUUGACUGAUAAAUCUGAAAGCGAUAUUAAAACUCGACUGUUGUAUUUGUUACAAUUAUGUUAAUGUUUAGCCGAGUCUACAUGAGGUCAUAAUGAUUCCCGACAUUAAUAUAAUAUUAUAUGUUUAUCUAUAUUUGCGCCGUACCAUGUAACGUAAUGUAAUUGUGCCUUAUGUACCAAGAACGACUGCGAUAGUUCCUUAGUUCGCCCACCACCCACCAGACAGCUCCAUUAAACUGUUAUUCAGUGUGGUCAAAAUCAAAAACAAAAUCCAUUUAUUCAAAA